AAUGGCGAGGAAGAGGAGCCGGGAAGGGAUAGGGGAAUCCCCUGGGUCGCAGGCCCCGGCUGCCGGCACAGCUGCCUACCGGGGGACCUGCCAGGGCCGGGGGUGGGAGCCAGUGUCCGUGCCCUGGGGACUCCGCAGUCGCGGGGUGGGGUGGCUGGGGGACGAGCUCAGCCUUACCUGUCAGGGCGCUCACUUGGUGGUCAGCCUGGAGGUGUCGGCUGCGGCGUACCAAACCUUUCCGGAUCCCCCUUCCCACGCCCCGCCUUGUGGGGCGGGCGGUGGGGGGCUGGUGGGCGUGAGGCGCUCAGGACCGGCCGGACCUGUGAGACCCGGGGCCCCGGUUGCCUGGGGAGCCUGUCACUUCGAGAAGGCAGGCUCUUCCGGGGCUGGGACAGCUGUGGGCGGCAGGAUGCCAUGGUACCAGCAAACUCAUAAAUACCGCCUCCUCACUGGUGGCCGGAGACGUGCGCGCGCGUGCGGGCAGCUGGCGCCCGAGGGUGAGCCGGGGACCGGGAGGGAGUCCCCUGCCCCUUCUCCCAGCCUCCGGGCUGACGGUCCUGGGCUGGCUGGGCACCUCCCCCGCAGGUCCUCUGGGAGCUGGAGAGCAAACUGGAGCCGGGGAAAAGGGCUGGGGAGAAGGGGAGUGGCAUCUGAAUAACCAUCCCCUUGAAGACCUCCCCCCGAUUCUGCCUCCUGCCCCUGACAUUGCCCAAUCUCCCUCCACUCUCCAUCUUCCCAGCCCCUUUGUGCUAUUCUGGUCCGCAUCUGAUCUACUGUGGACCCCUCCCCUUCCCCAUCUGCUCACCCCCCCCCAACACUGUCCCCUUACCAUGCGCCCCCUUUGUCCCUGCUGGUCCUGCUGCUGUCUGCUCCUGGUUUUCUCCUUGGGAGUCCUGGGGACCCCAGUGGCUCCCAAGGCUGCCCCUGAGCAAGUCCACCUGUCCUACCCAGGUGAGCCGGGCUCCAUGACGGUCACCUGGACCACGUGGGUCCCCACCCCUUCCGAAGUGCAGUUCGGGCUGCAGCUUUCGGGCCCCCUGCCCCUCCGGGCCCAGGGCACCUUCAGCCCCUUUGUGGAUGGGGGCGCUCUCCGGCGGAAACUCUACAUACACCGGGUCACACUGCGGGGGCUGCUGCCGGGGGUCCAGUAUGUUUACCGCUGUGGCAGUUCCCAGGGCUGGAGCCGUCGGUUCCGCUUCCGGGCCCUGAAGAAUGGUCCCCACUGGAGCCCCCGUCUGGCUGUGUUUGGGGACCUGGGAGCUGACAACCCGAAGGCCUUCCCGCGGCUGCGCAGGGACACCCAGAAGGGCAUGUACGAUGCUGUUCUGCAUGUGGGAGACUUCGCCUACAACAUGGAUCAGGACAAUGCUCGUGUCGGGGACAAGUUCAUGCGUCUCAUCGAGCCUGUGGCUGCCAGACUGCCCUACAUGACGUGCCCUGGGAAUCACGAGGAACGCUACAACUUCUCUAACUACAAGGCCCGCUUCAGCAUGCCAGGGGACAAUGAAGGCCUGUGGUACAGCUGGGACCUGGGCCCUGCACAUAUCAUCUCCUUCUCCACCGAGGUAUACUUCUUCCUCAAUUAUGGCCGCCACCUGGUAGAGAGACAGUUCCACUGGCUGGAGAGCGACCUCCAGAAAGCCAAUAAGAACCGGGCAGCCCGGCCGUGGAUCAUUACCAUGGGCCACCGGCCCAUGUACUGUUCCAAUGCCGAUUUGGAUGACUGUACGUGGCAUGAAAGCAAGGUUCGCAAAGGCCUCCAUGGCAAGUUCUAUGGGUUGGAGGAUCUUUUCUACAAAUACGGGGUUGACCUGCAGCUGUGGGCUCACGAACACUCCUACGAACGCCUGUGGCCCAUUUACAACUACCAGGUAUUUAAUGGCAGCCAAGAGAUGCCUUACACCAACCCUCGAGGCCCGGUCCACAUCAUCACGGGAUCUGCUGGCUGUGAGGAGCGGCUGACCCCCUUCUCCCUCUUCCCUCGGCCCUGGAGCGCCGUGCGCGUGAAGGAAUACGGGUACACGCGGCUACACAUCCUCAACGGGACCCACCUCCACAUCCAGCAGGUGUCGGACGACCAGGAUGGGAAGAUUGUGGAUGACAUCUGGGUGGUGAGACCACUGGUUGGCCGGAUGAUGUACCUCUAGGCACAGAGGCAGCUCUCAUCAGGAACGCUGGGCCUUGCUGCCUUGGCUAGUGUGACCAGACACUGCCCAGGCCCAGCUGGAGAGUUGGGGCAGGCCUUGACUCCCAGCCGUUCUGAGGCCCCAUGUGGGGUGCAUGCAGCCCCGUGGCAGCUGGAGUAGCUCUCCCCUCCUGGAGAGGUGGGGGUACCACCGGCUGUGAUGGGCAGGUCGGCGCCCAGGCACAGAGCAAAGCAGGGCAGGUGUGGGGCGGCUCAGCCCUGCUCCCCUGCAUAGCACUGACAGGGCGGGGUGCCCACGGGGCCCCAGGAAUAAAGAGACUUACAGCUGUGGCUCUGUGGACUCUGCACUUCUGCCGGGGAUGCCCCCUGGGCCGUCUCCCCCCCUCCCAAUGCCCGCAGGGGCGAGGGGCCAUCAGCACCCCUAAGUCAACAGAGUGGGUACGGCUGUCAUGACACCACUCUCCAGCAGGUGGUGUUGGUGACUUUCUCCUCCUAAGCUGACCCUCAAGGCUCCCACUGCCCAAGGCACCCUAAACCAGUGUCGCCUUGUGCCUCAGUUUCCCAGCACUGAGAAGUGUUAACACUCCUGCCUCCAAGCUGGGGAUUCUGACAAGCCUAAGGAUCUCACAGACCUGCUGUUCUCCUCCCCUUUCCCUUCCUUUUCUCCUCCCUGUCUCUAUCCCCUUCCUUUUCGUGUAUUCACCCAUUAUUUCUUGGGCAUCUCCCAUGUGCCAGGCCCUGGUCUCAGUCCUGGGAGACAGCUGUGAGCAAGCCAGAGAUCUCUGCCUUCACAGAGCUGAUAAUCUAACCAGGGGGUCAGACAGCAAACACAAUGAAUGAGAGAAGUGUAAAGCAGGGUAAAAAUUGGGAAGCACUCUGAAAAAGCCGGGAAGGGGCCCGAGGGGGGCGGACAGUGGCAGUUUUUACAGGGAUAAUCAGGGAGACCUCACCCAGAGGGUGAACAUUUGAUCUGAAGAAGUCUGAAGGAGAAGCCACAGGCAGAGUACUCCAGGCAGAGGAACAGCCGGUGCAAAGGCCCUGAGGCAGAAAGAUGCUGGCCCUGCCAGGGUAUCAGUGUGGCGGCCAGUGCAGCCUGGGCAGAAUGAGUAGGGGAAGACAGAGACAGGGAGCUGAUAGGGAAAGAUCAUGUGGGGCCUCAUGGGGCCCAGGAGGACUUUGUCCUUUAUUCACAGGAGGGCUCUGAGCUGGUGACAGACACAUCUGACUGCAGGAGUCCUAGGCCAAGCUGGGCGCUGGCCCCAGGGCUGAGAGCUCCCCCAGGGCAGCCUGUGGGCUUCCAGCUUUGCAGGCCGACCUCACGUUAUAGCUCCAUGAGCUGUGAGCUGCGAGGGCUCAG